CAUUAUCUCGUAGCACGUGCCGAGUCAGAGCUGAGAGAAUUGAGCCCCCCCCCCCAAAGGCCAAAAUGCCAGCUCGUGUGACUAUCUUGGCGAUUCUUAGCUACAUGGCUACCACCCAGGCAAUUGUACCACCGGGACAUAUAAUGCACAUUAAUCCUGCGUGUGGCAGUAAUGGAGUCGGUGACGCCGUCGUCAAACUAGUCACCGACUACGAAACCGGAGCUAAGGCCACCUGUGCUGGAGGUAAGAUGGUGGACUUCGUCUCCAGCAAUGGCGUGGAAUAUACGUUGCCGGUGUCCUACCCAGUUGCCGGCGGGGGAACCUCCAAGUGUAAAUUUGUGAAAGCGAAAGACGCACUGGUGUUCACAAUCCAAGUGUUUGUUGGGUACGGUGCUCCUGGCAGUCGCAUCCACCAGUACGAUGAGCACUACACCAUCAGCUGCUCCUUCCAGCCAGCCGCCAAUAAGAAAAGCGGUUCCGUCACCGUCAGCCCUGGAAUCAACCCAGCAAAGGUGAUCGCUGGAAAUUUACCCCCUAAGAGCAAGUCCAUCAUCCAUUUGUACAUCGUGGAUGUGAUUGGGAGGAAACUUGGCUCCGCGGCUCCGGCAGGCAAGAUGGUGAGGCUGCAGGCGGUCACUCUAGGACUUAAGGACAAAGGCAUCAGGCCCGAAUCUUGUGAUGCUUUGAAUUCGAAGGGUGGCAGGUUUCCUGUUCUGAGAUCAGGGUGUGGAGAUGGGAUGGUUAUAAAGAGGACAAAAGGCUUCCUUACUGCCGGCAAGAAAACCUACAGUUCUUUCUUUAAGCUGUUCAUUGUUAAUGGGGAUCCGUUUCUCAGUUUUGUGUGUAACUUCACGGUGUGCGACACAACGUGUAAUGGGUCGUCGUGUUCUGCGAGGGCAUCGGGACGUAGACGCCGAGAUCAGUCAGGUGAGAGUGCUGGUACAUUUUUCUGGAGUUCAAAGAGCCAGGCCUCGACCAAAGUUGUGACGUUGACCAGUGACCCUAUUGACGUUCAUGGGGGCAUGGACCAAGUUUAACGGCUUCAUUGUUAGAAGCAACCAGUGAAGUGUACUUUUGUUUGGUUUUGGGUGAAAUAAACUUCAGAAAAAUG